AUGUUUUUAGAAGCUAACAUACCUAUUGUAGGCUCCGCGUCGCUAACAGAUCAGCGCGAUUGGGCGGGAACGGCUGUCGCGCUGGGAUACCAUGGCGUCGCGUUCAACGUCUUUAAGGGACCCAAUGAGAAGGUCGAGCCGCGCGAGCGGUGCGGCGUUAAGGCGGUUCCGAUGGACACUCUGCAGGCGACUCGAGAGAGAGUGCGACUCGCGCUGAAAGGAGCACAGGUACGCCGGGGGGCGGGGAAAGGGGAAAAGGGGGGGGAGGGGGGGGGGGAGAAGGUGGGGGGGGGAGAAGGGGGGAGGAAAGGGCGAGGGGGAGGGGGUGGGCAAGGAAGAAGGGUAGUCUGUUUUCCAGUCGCCUCAGGAACCGACUCGAGAGAGAGUGCGCCUCGCAUUGAAAGAAUCAAAGGUACGCUGCGGAAGGGACGGUGGGGGGGGAGGGGGGGAAGGGGUAAGGGUGGGGAGCACGGGGGAAGGAGCACAGGUACGCGGGAGGGCGCGUGGGGGUUAGAAGAUCAGGAGGGGGAGUGGAAGGGGGAGGGGGCCGCGGGCGGGGGGGACAGGGGAAGGGGGGGGGACGGGGUGGCAGCAGCAUCAAUUUACAAGCCCCUUUUAGACGAAGUCCCGUCCUUCACGCAGCUCGUGCGCAUAACAGCAGCGGUAAAGGAGGAGGAGGGCAGCGCUGAUGCCAUCACUCCCCUUCUAGACGAUAGCCCUUCAUUCACGCAGCUCGUGCGCAUAACAGCAGCGGUGGAGGAGGGCGGGCCUGAGGUGAUAGCAGAGCGCCUGCCGACAGUGGUGGGGGUUGGAUAUGACCUGGCGGCUGUACAACCGUUAAACAGUGACAGCUUUCUCUCAGCCUGCUUUAACAGCAAGGUGUGUGCGUGGGUUUCGUGUGCAUGA